AAAAUUCGGCACAGUCAGGGUAUUGCCCACUAUAAUGUUGGGACUGGCGCGGAGUAACCCACCUAUGAAUUACAAUAGGAUACUGUGACAGUUCUGAAAACCAAAAUUGAACGAUUUGAGAUUCUGUUUCACGCCCCCUUAAUUAGUGUUGAAACACCCUGUUGGAAAAUGAACGAGUUACAGUUUCCUACAUUACGUCGGAACUCGGAAGUUCUGCAUGCGGAUGUGACAUAACAACCAUUCAAAAGACCAUUUGUCGCUUACCAGGGUGUUAAACGUAUACAAUUGGUUCGUGCCGUGGGAGAGCAGAGCGGGAAAUACUAUUACCCGGUUUAAACAUGGCAGGGCGUAGGGGAGCUUUGAUAGUGUUAGAGGGAGCCGACCGUGCUGGAAAAAGCACUCAGGUUCGCAAACUGGUUGAAGCUUUGAAGGAGCGGGGAUAUCGGGCAGAGGGACUGCGGUUUCCAGAGAGAACAACUGAGAUUGGAAAACUUGUUGGUUCCUACUUGGAGAAGAAAAGCAACAUUGAAGAUCAUACUGUGCAUUUAUUGUUCUCUGCUAACCGUUGGGAGCAAGUUCCAAUGAUAAAAGAGAAGUUGAGAAGUGGCAUCACACUUGUAGUGGACAGAUAUGCUUUUUCUGGAGUAGCUUUCACAAGUGCUAAAGAGAACUUCACUUUGCACUGGUGCAAGCAGCCUGAUGUGGGGCUUCCAAAGCCAGAUAUCGUUCUUUUUCUUAAUCUGAGUCCUGAGGCUGCAUCUUCUCGUGGAGAUUUUGGGAAUGAGCGCUAUGAAAAUAAUGCUUUUCAACAAAAAGUGUUAAAACGCUACACUGAACUAAUGGAGGAUGAGACCAUUAACUGGAAGCUGAUUGACGCUUCCCAGAGUGUGGAGAGCAUUCAUGAAGAGAUCAGGGAUAUGAGUGAAGAAACCAUACAACUUGCUCAAAAUCAGCCGAUUGGGAAACUUUGGCUCUGAUACCUUUAUUCUAUUAAAUCAGAACAUUAAGCUGAUUGUGUUAAAUUGAUAUAGACCUUUUUGAAUUUUCAAAAUCAAUGAUUAUGUAAAGAAUGUUCUGGCAAAGUAAGAAAGAAAUGAUGACUUUAAUGAUUAAGCCUUUGAAUAUUUCCAAUAGCUGGCUCAAUUCUUAACCUAUAUUUUUCAAAUUUCUACAAAAACAUCACUUUUUAAAAUGGACUGUUUUUUAAAAUUGAUUUUAUCCCCAUUAAACUAUAAAAUGUCAAGAUAUUUAAUAAACUGUACAUAUAAACUGCCAAUGACCAAAAUAUAUUUGAUGUACAGAUUUACUGAAGCACUUCAUUAUUGCUGAAGUCCCCCCCCCCCCCGAACAGUUUGUUUAAAUGAACACUGACCAGUAUUUAAUAUAAGACUAUGUAUGUGUCAAGUAUAAUACAAAUAUUUAUAAAACAGA